UUCAGAAGACCUUCGAGAGAACCUUGAAUACCAGUUAAAAAACUUAAAAAAGAACCUGCAAAGAUGCCAGAAAGUGAAGCACCAAAUUCCAUCCUUGCUAACCAGCCAACUCCCCAAUGGAUUUGUCCAGAAUAUGUACAAAAAGUGUUGCGGAAUUACUUCCUUGACGAGGAUCUUCAAAUUGUUGAAAUUUUCAUUACACCAGCCACAGCAAAGGGUGAGAACUAUGCAAGUACAAUGACACGAGUUCGAGUGAAAUACACCAACCCUGGUCAACGGAAUCUACAAAGCGGAAGCUUCCUAAUAAAAAGCAACGUCGAAAACGAUGAAUACACUAGUGGGAAACUAUCAGAUUGUGAUGUGUUUUCAAGAGAAAUGGAAAUCUACUCGAAAAUCAUCCCUAAACUACGUAAAAUUCUUCAAAGUAAAGAUCUGGACGAAGAGCUCGUUCCCAGGAUAAUCGAUAUAGACUACGCGCAUGAUUCAAUCAUGUUCGAGGACUUAACGGCUAGAUCAUUUGUUCCUGCGGACAGAGUCAAAGGGUUCGAUAUGGCACACGCCAAAAUGGUCCUGCGUAAAUUGGCAAAGUGGCAUGCAGCAUCUGCCGUUCUAGGACAUGCUGAACCUGAGAUAUUUCAAUCCUAUGACCGAGGAUUGAUGACUCGUCGAACUGAUGUUCAUGUGCCUUACUAUGAAAACAGUUUACGUUUUUGUGCCAGUGCAGUUAGUAGAUUACCAGGAUACGAAAAAUACGCCUCGAAAAUGUUCAAGUUACAAAAUAAACUGGUGGAGUUAGGCAGAAGGGCUUUCGAUCGUAGGAACGAUCGUUUGAAUGUUUUUGUGCAUGGAGAUCUUUGGAUUACCAAUGUUUUGUUCAAGUAUAACGCGAAUAUGCAUCCUGUGGAUGCCACCUUAAUUGACUUCCAGUUCAGUUUUUGGGGGUCGCCGACAAUUGACCUUCAUUAUUUCUUCAACACGUCACUAUCGGACGAGCUAGUCCUUGAUGGACAGGAGGAGUUAGUGCAGUAUUACUAUGAGAUGUUGGUAGAAGAUCUUCAAGGUUUAGGAUACAAAGGAAAAAUUCCUACCCUCAAAGAGUUCUGGAUAGAAUUCAUGGAUACAGGCAUUUAUGGCUUUAUUUCUGGAUGUUUAGUGAAACCCUACAUGAUUAAUGAAGAUGCAUCCGCAGAUGCUGAUCUAGCCUCCCUAUUACAAGAAGAUGAACGUGCUGAAAAUUUCAAGAGAGUUGUUUUCAGUAAUGAACGGGUCCAUCAAAAUUUAAAGAAAUUAUUACCAAUUUUCGAUCGCAGGGGAUUCUUAGAUGUACACCAAUAAUUUGACUAGAAUAAAUAAGUUAUAUGCCCACGUUGGGCGCC